GCUGGUGUCUCUCUCCGGCCCGCUCCCCUCCCGCGUCCGUCCCCACAACUCGCCGCCCCUAUUGUCUGGGCGCCGCCGCUCCCUCACCCCCUCCCUUCCUUCCCCCCUGCUGCGGGCCGGACGACUGUCAAACCUGGAGGCGUCUCCCGCGCCCCGCCAGCCCUGCCGGAGCCCUUCCUGUCUGUCCCCUGCCGGUCUCCCGCCCCACAUCACUCCCCACCUUUUUUGGCUCCGUGGCCAUUCUCUGACCUUUGCUUCACUCUCCUAGUGUUGCAUCUUCUUGGUGAUUUUCUCUUCCCAUCCAGUUGUCAUCUCCCCCAUCCUUAUUCCUUUUUGCCAUUUUUUCCGCCUUUUUUUUUUUUUUGCUGUUUUCCUCCUCUCCGUUCUGUCUCCGUUUCUCUCUUUGCUCCAAGUUUCCCCCUCCAAUAGACCGUUUUACUUGGCCUUAAUUCACAUCCUUCAUGUUCACCCAAGAAAAAGAAAAUCUGGCCUUUUCUGGUUACUCACACCGAAGUAUCACUGGGGAAUUGUAUGGCUUAACUCUAUCGCUUUUUAUGGUUUUUGAGUUCGCACCUAGAAAACGUUAGUGAACUUCUCCUUACUAAAGUCCCUGCGAAGAACAGCAGAGGUAGUGAAAGAAUACUGAAGAAUAGCAUCUCAAGAUGAGUAAAAAGCCCCCAAAUCGUCCUGGAAUCACUUUUGAGAUUGGUGCUCGUUUGGAGGCACUGGACUACUUACAAAAAUGGUAUCCAUCACGGAUUGAAAAAAUCGACUAUGAGGAGGGCAAAAUGUUGGUCCAUUUUGAGCGCUGGAGUCACCGUUACGAUGAGUGGAUUUACUGGGAUAGCAAUAGAUUACGACCCCUCGAGAGGCCUGCGCUGAGAAAAGAAGGACUCAAGGACGAGGAGGAGUUCUUUGAUUUUAAAGCCGGAGAAGAAGUUCUGGCUCGUUGGACAGACUGUCGCUAUUACCCUGCCAAGAUUGAAGCAAUUAACAAAGAAGGAACAUUCACAGUUCAGUUUUAUGAUGGAGUAAUUCGUUGUUUAAAAAGAAUGCACAUUAAAGCCAUGCCCGAGGACGCUAAGGGGCAGUUUCUGUUCCAGGUGAAAUCCCAGCAUCCACUAAGCUGGUGUUGUCCUAUCGACCCAGCUGGAUCGUGUAACCAGUCUAUGGGAAGUGAGGAUUGGAUAGCUUUAGUCAAGGCAGCUGCUGCAGCUGCAGCCAAGAAUAAAACAGGGAACAAACCUCGAACCAGCGCUAACAGCAAUAAAGAUAAAGAGAAAGAUGAGAGAAAAUGGUUUAAAGUUCCUUCAAAGAAGGAGGAAACUUCAGCUUCUGUAGCCACACCGGAGGUGGAGAAGAAGGAAGAUCUGCCCACAUCUAGUGACACAUUUGUAGGACUUCAUGUAGAGAACGUUCCAAAGAUGGUCUUUCCACAGCCAGAGAGCACAUUAUCAAACAAGAGGAAAAAUAACCAAGGCACCUCAUUUCAGGCAAAGAGAGCGCGACUUAACAAGAUUACUGGUUUGUUGGCAUCCAAAGCUGUUGGGGUGGAUGGUGCUGAAAAAAAGGAAGACUACAGUGAAACAGCUCCAGUGCUGGAGCAGGCGAUUUCACCUAAACCUCAAAGUCAGAAAAAAAAUGAAGCUGACAUUAGCAGUUCUGCCAACACUCAGAAACCUGCACUGUUAUCCUCAACUUUGUCUUCAGGGAAGGCUCGCAGCAAGAAAUGCAAACAUGAAUCUGGAGAUUCUUCUGGGUGUAUAAAGCCCCCUAAAUCACCACUUCCCCCAGAAUUAAUACAAAUCGAGGAUUUGACGCUUGUAUCUCAGCUUUCUUCUUCAGUGAUAAAUAAAACUAGUCCUCCACAGCCUGUGAACCCCCCUAGACCUUUCAAGCAUAGUGAGCGGAGAAGACGGUCUCAGCGUUUAGCCACCUUGCCCAUGCCUGAUGACUCUGUAGAAAAGGUUUCUCCUUCCUCUCCAGCCACUGAUGGGAAAGUAUUCUCCAUCAGUUCUCAGAAUCAGCAAGAAUCUUCAGUACCAGAGGUGCCUGAUGUUGCACAUUUGUCACUUGAGAAGCUGGGACCCUGUCUCCCUCUUGACUUAAGUCGUGGUUCAGAAGUCACAGCACCACUAGCCCCAGAUCCCUCUUACCAUAAUGAAAGUCCCAGGGGAGAGAAGGAAGACACACAGAUGCUUACAAAUCCUUCUUCCAAAACAAUAACUGAUGGAAGAGGAGCUCCAACAGCAUCAGGAAUAUCGAAAACAGAAAAAAAAGUGAAAUUGGAAGAAAAAAGCUCAACAGCAUUUGGUAAGAGAAAAGAAAAGGAUAAAGAAAAAAAAGAGAAGCGAGACAAAGAUCACUACAAACCAAAACAGAAGAAGAAGAAGAAAAAGAAAAAGAAAUCUAAGCAGCAUGACUAUUCAGACUAUGAAGACAGUUCCCUAGAAUUUUUGGAAAGGUGCUCUUCUCCACUAACUCGAUCUUCUGGGAGUUCUCUGGCUCUGCGAAGCAUGUUUACGGAGAAAAAUACAACAUAUCAGUACCCAAGGGCAAUUUUGUCAGUUGAUCUUAGUGGGGAAAACUUAACAGAUGUGGAAUUCCUAGAUGAUUCUUCAACGGAGAGUUUGCUUCUCAGUGGGGAUGAGUACAAUCAGGACUUUGACUCCACCAAUUUUGAGGAAUCGCAGGAUGAAGACGAUGCUCUUAAUGAAAUUGUGCGAUGCAUUUGUGAAAUGGAUGAGGAGAACGGCUUCAUGAUCCAGUGUGAAGAGUGCCUGUGCUGGCAGCACAGCGUGUGCAUGGGGCUGCUGGAAGACAGCAUCCCAGAGCAGUACAUCUGCUACGUCUGCCGAGACCCUCCUGGUCAGAGGUGGAGUGCAAAAUAUCGUUACGAUAAGGACUGGUUGAAUAACGGGAAAAUGUGCGGGUUGUCAUUUUUAAAGGAAAAUUAUUCUCAUCUCAAUGCCAAAAAGAUAGUUUCCACACAUCACCUGCUCGCGGAUGUCUGUGGUGUUGCGAAAGUCCUGCACGGCUUACAGCUAAAGAUCGGCAUACUCAAGAAUAAACAUCAUCCUGACCUUCAUCUCUGGGCUUGUUCUGGGAAGCGAAAAGACCAAGACCAAGUAACUGCUGGGGUAGAGAAAAAAAUAACAGUGCAAGACACGGUUAAUGUAGAAGAAAAGAAAUAUCAUGUACAAAACCAUAAAGAGCCACCUCGUUUGCCCCUGAAAAUGGAAGGAACUUAUAUAACAAGUGAGCACAGCUACCAGAAACCACAAAGUUUUGGUCAAGACUGCAGAGCUCUUGUAGACCCUGGGAGCUCAGAUGAUGAUGACGUUAGUAGUUUUGAAGAAGAGCAAGAAUUCCGCAUGAGAGAUAGAAGCUGCUUACAAUACUCAGUAAAAGAAGAUGGAAUGCCUGAAAAGAAGCCAGCUGAAAAGAACACGGUAUUUGUGUAUAAUGACAAGAAAGGCACGGAGGACCCAGGAGACUCACACCUUCAGUGGCAGCUCAAUCUCCUCACACACAUUGAGAACGUGCAGAACGAAGUUGCCAGCAGGAUGGACCUAAUAGAAAAGGAAGUUGAUGUUCUGGAAAGCUGGCUUGAUUUCACAGGGGAGUUGGAGCCGCCUGACCCUCUCACAAGACUGCCCCAACUCAAACGCCACAUCAAACAGCUUCUGAUCGACAUGGGCAAAGCACAGCAGAUAGCAACUCUUUGUUCUGUAUGACAGCAGUGAAAACUGACAGAAAGGAAUGUGGCUGUCUUCAGUCCCGUGAUUUUUAUUAUCCACAUGACUGCUAAGUGGAUAGUUCAGAAGCUUAGUGACGUUUGGUCAUUUAUUGAUUUGUGACAUCAAUGAGAUGGCACCUUGAAAAGGAAAAUGAACAACUUUAUUAAGGAAGCUAAUUUGAAAAAAAUUUGUGAGUAAGCUACAAAUGAUAACGUGCUAUAUGCCAAGGAUGAGCAAAGGUAGAAUCUAAUCUAGACGAAGGGAAUUGAACUGGCAGAAUUUUUGAAUAGUUGAUUCCAUGAAGCUUGAGAUACCUGUAGAAAGAAAUAUGGUGUAUUUAUAUAGUUUUUAGUAGGAAGAUCCAUGUUUAUAAACCAGCAUCUGGCCAAAAACAAAAUGGUAGAGGAAACCUACAUUCUGGAGAGCUCUGUAAGGUUGCUCUAAGAACCAUCUUUGCAGCCGCUGUAGCUGCAUGGAAGUUGACGGUAUUUAAAUUUGUAUAGGAUCAUGAGCUGUUUCUUAGGUGACGAAUGUCCUCAAUCAGAAAACUGACAGUAGAAGUCUCACUUCUGGGGAAAACAAUUGUGGAAUUUUUACUACAUUAUGAAUAUAUUUUAAAAACAAACACCAAAUAAUUGGAAUUUAUUGCGGGCAUUAAGCUCAUUGAAAACAAAAUGGGUUGCAGAAGGGUCAGUGUGCCAAAUGAUGAUGAUACUGGUGGAAAGAGAAUUUUAAAUAUUGUGGGAGUCUCCCACACCAUGUCUUACAUAAUGCCACCAGCCCAUCAGAAACAUAUAUGUCACAUAUGCUACAUAUAUAAUAUAUAUGGUUGAAUCACAGUAUUCAGGCUUCAACAUACUAUUUGAUCCUGAGUAUGUUCGGUGUUUGCCUUCAGAAAAAAAAUUGUAAAUAACCUCGGCUGGGAUGAGGAGUGACAAAGCUAUCAAAAUAAUUUGUGGCUGUGGAUUUUUUUUAAACUGCUGGUAGUGGAAUACUGGAAAACCUUCAUUUCUGAAGAUGAAUUUUAUUUUAAAAAAAAAAUACGUGCGCACUCAAAACAUUUAGCUUUGAUCACAAAUGGACAAAUUCUGAAACCAAAGGCAACUAAGUUGCUGUGUUAGCUCUUGCUGGAUUUUGAGCCCAGGUCGUCCUGUCCGCAGUGCUCUGAGCUGUGUGCCCCGUGCUCCACGCGUAGGUCUGCGUAAGUGUGGAUGCUUGUGUGAAACAAACGCUCAACGUACAUAUGUACAUAAUCGACACAUAUUUAUAUCUACACAUAUCUAGUUUUAUUACUAUAGACUAUAAGAAUUGGUGGUUAACAUGAAAUGUUACCUUUUAACAGACUGUUUUUAAAAAUUAAAAGAUGUAUGUACAGGUUUUGAAACUUUUUUAAAAAGGGGGAAAAGACUGUUAAGAGGAGGCUAUUUGAGGACAUAUAACACUUGAAUAUUUUAUGCCUCAUUCUGUUUAUCAGUUCUAGCAAUCUGUAUAAAUGCAUUUUAGAACUGAUAGACAGUGAACUUGAAUUUAUCUUUGAUAAGAAUACAUGCCACUGUACAUUCAGAUAUUAUUUAAAUUUGCAAACACACUGUUCUAUAUGUAAGGUACUGUAUGUAAAACUUUAUUAAAACUAUUCCACAUAUCUGAAAA